GUUGUUUUCUUGUGAGGGGUUUGGGUAAUUUUUUAUUCAAUUGAUGUUAGCACUGUUUUAGCUGUUAAGUUCAACAGUUUGCAUGUCACUCUCUCUUCCUGAAGUGUGGUGUUCACUGUACAAAAACAUUUCUUCUGUUGCUUUUGCUUAUCAUAGAUUAUUGGUUUUAAUCUUUCACAGAACUGGGAAAUACUUGAAGGCUUGGCAAAUGCAUUCCAGAUUGAAGAACUGCUGUAUUCAUCCCUCUCUUCCUUCUUUGGAGAACUGACUUCUUUAAACAAAGGUAAGGAAGAGAGGAGUAGGAGCUGUAAGAAAAUGCUGGGAUCAGAACGUGGCGUGGUGGAAGAAUGGUUAUCAGAAUUCAAGGCAUUACCUGAAACUCAAAUCUCCAGUUAUGCAGCAACACUACACCGGAAAAAAUCACUGGUGCCAGCUCUUUAUAAGGUCAUUCAAGACCCAAACAAUGAGCUCCUGGAGCCUGUCUGCCACCAGCUCUUUGAACUCUAUCGUAGUUCAGAAGUCCGGCUAAAGAGAUUCACUUUGCAGUUUUUGCCAGAAUUGAUCUGGGUUUAUCUGCGUCUUACUGCCAGCAGAGAUAGACAGAGUAACGGUUGCAUUGAAGCAUUGCUUCUUGGGAUUUACAAUUUGGAAAUUGCUGAUAAAGAUGGGAACAAUAAAGUUUUAUCAUUCACCAUCCCUUCGUUAUCCAAGCCCUCAAUAUACCAUGAGCCUUCCACUAUUGGAUCCAUGGCUUUGACUGAGGGAGCUCUAUGUCAGCAUGACCUGAUCAGGGUGGUUUAUAGUGAUCUUCAUCCGCAGAGAGAAACCUUCACUGCACAAAACAGAUUUGAGGUACUGAGCUUCCUUAUGUUGUGCUAUAACUCUGCUAUUGUCUACAUGCCUGCCUCCUCCUAUCAGUCACUUUGCAGGAUGGGCUCCAGGCUUUGUGUGAGCGGAUUUCCAAGGCAACAUGAAAAACGGUGGAAAGAACAUUGUGGCAGAGUGGUACUAGAUCCUGAAUUCAUGGUGCAGCUGCUUACAGGUGUCUAUUAUGCCAUAUAUAAUGGACAGUGGGAUCUUGGCCAGGAGGUAUUGGAUGAUAUAAUUUACAGAGCUCAACUUGAACUUUUCUCUCAGCCACUGCUGGUUGCAAAUGCCAUGAAGAACUCAUUGCCCUUUGAUGCCCCGGAUGCAUCGCAGGAAGGCCAGAAGGUGUUGAAAGUGGAAGUCACUCCCACAGUACCGAGAAUCUCUCGGACUGCCAUUACAACAGCUUCAAUCCGCCGCCAUCGCUGGAGGAGAGAAGAUGGCUUUGACUUCUCAAACGAGGCUGACUCGAGCAUUCCUGGCUCCCCGAUCCAACACGGCUCCACAGACCUAGGGAUCAAACAUGUGGAGAGUGUAAAUGGAAGGGAGGAAUCCAUGAACCUCAAUGAUGCUGAUGAAGGAUUUUCAUCAGGUGCUUCCCUUAGCAGCCAGCCAGUUGGGACCAAACCUUUAUUGUCUACAUCCCAGAGGAGCAGCUUAAGAAAAUCAGCAAGUGGGCGUUCUGCUAAAGACAAAGAAACAUCUUCUGCCACUAAAUCCAGUGAGAGCCCUCGAGAUUCAGUGAUUCGGAAGCAGUACCUGCACCAGGCAACUGAUCUAAGUGCAGAUGGAAUUGAGAUGACACCUACUAAGAAACACCUGAGCCUGCCAGCUGGGCAGGUGGUGCCAAAAGCCAGUAGUUUGAGCUUGAUCCGGACCGCCAGUGCUUCCUCCAGUAAAUCAUUUGACUAUGUGAAUGGCAGUCAAGCAGGUUCCGGUGUUGGGGUUGGUACUGAGGAUAUUACUAAUCUAGCAGUUGGCAAUGCCAAUCGAUUUUCAACUAUCAGCCUACAGGAAGAUCGGCUAGGCCAAGCUGGGGAUGGGAAAGAUCUCCUUACCCCAGGAGCUCCCCUGACCAAGCAGUCUCGAUCUCCAAGUUUCAAUAUGCAGCUGAUAUCCCAGGUGUAGCUUUGAUUCCCCUCCAAAUCCUCCAUCUUUCCCUUUAACCCACAUAAAGUUCAUCCUUGAGCAAAACAAGAACCUUCAUCCCACGGUGUGAAAAUACUGACUGUUGUGAUCUUGUUUGAAUUGGUUUAAAUAUUAUACUGUAUUUUGUACUGAAAAAGCAAUAAAUCUCUCCUCUUCCCCCCAGUCCCCGCCCCUUGUAAACAUGGUUGUGAAGCAGUAUAAAAUGUACUGUAUGCCUUUUCCUAUGCCUUCCUUUCUCCUUGGGUGAUGUGCAAUCCAUCGUAGGCCGAUCAGUCCCAUUUCAACACUGUGAGACUGGAGAUGUCAGCGGAAAUGGUGAAUGUGAUCCCUAUGAGAUGAUGCUUUGGCUUUUGUCAUGAAAUAGAAACGGGUUAGUUUUCUCAGUCUACAUUACUGCAAAGACUACUGGAUCGUGACUUUUUCUUUCUCAGAACCAGGAGUGCCUCAGAGAUUCUAAUAUGACUUUGGACCUCUCUGAGUUUGUGCAAUCAAUUCUGGGGGAGGGGAUAGUCAUCAUUGCUCCUGGCUGUCUACUGCACUUUCUCAUUAAAAUGAGGGUAGUUCUUCUCUUCUCCGAUCUGUACUCUUACCCCUAAAAUACUAAACAUUCAGAAAAUGAGAUGUGCGUAUUACCAAGUUGUUGCCCGCUCAGACAGAGAGGGCUGUGAGCUGAUGAUGUAGGUUACAGUGCACUUUUAAUGGCGUUGUAGCCAUAUUUAAUGUUACAUGUCUUCCCUCCAGGACACAGGGUCAUUGUGAUAGGCUGCAAUUUAGAAAGACUAUAUCCUUAAAGUAGUUCUGAAGUUGGAGGGGUGCACGCUUUCCCAGGAAUAAUAAACUAGUUCUGGUCCUAUUUUUGUGAGUUAAUGAUCACUGAAUUGAUUAAGUGUAUCUUCAGGUAAAGAGAGGGCUUCCUCAGGCUGAUUUUUAGUGUCAUGGUUACUGGAGAGACCCUCUCAGCUGCUUUCUAGAUAGGGUGUCCCUAAAUUCAGUCACAGUAUAGAUUUUGAAACUUACAUUUCAGACAGAUCAUUUUCCAAGGAGCUGUAUCAGAGACAGAGAUGAUGGUUUGCUGAAACACUGAAGCUUCAAUGCGGAACACUUUUCUAGAAGCAUUGUUUGUACAAAGGGAUUAUUGACAGUCCUUUUCUCCCAGAAGGAUCACACUUCACUGCAUUGGUAUUUAUAACCCAUUGCAUUUUGUAAAUACAGUUCCAUAACUUAGUGGCGUGGAGCAGCCCAUCCUCUAGAAAACUCAGAACUCAUGCCAUUGAGCCAAUUCUUGAAUGUAUGUGUUUGGUGUAUGGGGAGCGUUUGGUACUUAUGCUAUAGAGCACUGUUUAAAAGUACAGUUUUGAUUACAAAGGAAAAUGUUCCCCAUAUCUUUGUCUGUCUCCAGUUUGCUUUUGCAGAGAAAAAGGAAAGAGUUUAACCUUUUUUUUUUCUGUUGUAUUAUUGCCUGGAAGCGUAUAGGUUACUAACUGAUAGAAAAGUAGACAAUUGCAAUCUUUUGGGGUAUGGGCACUUUGGCUUCAUCAUUUUCACUGUGAAAGAAUAUACACAGGUAGUUAAAAAAAAUAACAGGUUAUAUUAAUGAUAAAGAUGUAAAGACUUCUCAACUAUAAAGUAACGUUACAUUGCUAGUGGUUAUUUAAUGCUUUCUUUUAAAUGUAACUGCUGAUUCUCUUUGCAUUUCAGCCCUCAUUUCAAAUAGUAUUUUCUUCAAAGCAACUUCACCCUCUUUAUUUAAACAAUUAGAGGAAGGAGUCUUUGCGGUUGACAGGCUAAAUGGCCAGAUGGGCAUCUAAUCUUAAUAAUUUGCAUUCAAAGAGGAAAGAUUGAGAUGAGA